GCACGUAUAAGAGGGCGUGGCCAGGGCAAGCAUUGAGGCUGGCUAUAAGUAGGAAGCUAGGGAGUAAUGUUUGUCAUACGCCGGUUCCUGCCUCAGCUGUCGUCACAAGGUAGAAGUGUAGUUACUGACACAAUGAGUGCAGGUGUGAUUUCAUAUGAUGAACUGCAGAGACUGAAGGGGAGCGGAAAGGGUCAGAUAUUUGAUGUUCGGUCACCAGAUGAGGUGGAAAAGGGCAAAAUUCCAAAUUCUGUAAAUAUUCCAGUAAAUGAUUUUGAAAAUGCAUUAAAACUGGAUCCUGAGACAUUUAAAAACACGUAUGGUGUGAACAAACCUAGCUUACAAGAUGAGGACUUUGUUGUCCAUUGUCAGAUGGGAAGAAGGGGAGCCCGGGCAGCUGAUAUUGCUGCAGCAAUAGGAUAUAAACAUGUACGAAAUUAUGCCGGUGGCUUCAAGGAAUGGUCUGAGAAGGGAGGAAACUGAUGGAACAUGACUGUUAUUUACUACAAGUACCUCAGAAAAGUGACUGCUAUUUUUUUAAGAAUGCCCUGAAUUAAAAUUCUGCCAUCAAGGGAUUGUCUGUCAUUGUAUUAUUAUUUUAAUGUAUUUUAUCAAUAAAGUGACCUCAGUACAA